CUUGCCUCUCUCUUGGGUCCCUCGCUAACACUCAUACUACAUACCCUGACUCCGUCUGGAAUGCCUCUGUUUUGUUCUGUCAGAGUUUCACUCCGAUAAGGAACAUAGAUAAGCAUUGUGAAAGAGAGAGAGAGAGAGGAAUAGCAAGAGUCCUUUUUCCACUUUGCAUAUACCAAUCAUUCGUUUUACGGUUCCCUUUGUUUUCUUUUUUUCUCUGCUAGUUGAGCAAAAAUGGAGGAAGCGAGUCCUAAAAUUUUCAUUCCAAACACGAUCCAGGGAGUGAGUGAGCACGUGACGGGGCAGAUUGAACUGCUCUGGGAGUUAGUGAAAGUGCCAUUGAUAGUGCCUCUGCUGAAGCUUGGAGUGUACAUUUGUUUAGCAAUGUCACUUAUGCUUUUCAUGGAGAGGCUCUACAUGGGCAUCGUCAUCAUUCUAGUGAAACUCUUCUGGAAAAAACCCGAACAGCGUUACAACUACAAGCCCCUCCAAGACGACGUCGAAUUGGGCUCCUUCAUCUUCCCCACGGUCCUAAUACAAAUCCCAAUGUUCAACGAAAAAGAGGUUUACAAGGUGUCCAUCGGAGCAGCUUGUGGGCUUUCAUGGCCCAGUGACCGUCUCGUUAUCCAAGUCCUGGACGAUUCAACUGACACUGUCAUUAAGGAAAUGGUGGAGCAAGAAUGUUUGAGAUGGGCAAGUAAAGGCAUCAACAUAACGUACCAAAUAAGGGAGAACAGAACGGGUUACAAAGCUGGUGCGUUGAAAGAAGGCCUCAAGCGAAGCUAUGUGGAGCAUUGCGAGUACGUGGCAAUAUUCGACGCGGAUUUCAGGCCAGAGCCAGACUUUCUCAGGCGAGCGAUUCCAUUCUUGGUGGGGAACCCUGAGAUUGCCCUGGUUCAAGCUCGUUGGAGGUUUGUGAAUGCGAAUGAGUGCUUGUUGACAAGAAUGCAAGAGAUGUCACUGGAUUAUCAUUUCACAGUAGAGCAAGAAGUUGGGUCAGCCACUCAUGCUUUCUUUGGUUUCAAUGGGACAGCGGGUAUAUGGAGAAUUGCUGCUAUCAAUGAAGCUGGAGGGUGGAAAGACAGAACAACGGUGGAGGACAUGGAUCUUGCUGUUCGUGCCAGCCUUAGGGGCUGGAAGUUUUUGUACCUCGGAGACCUUCAGGCGAAAAGUGAGCUUCCAAGUACUCUUAGAGCCUUCCGCUUCCAGCAGCAUCGAUGGUCUUGUGGUCCUGCUAAUCUAUUCCGCAAAAUGGUGAUGGAGAUAGUAAGGAACAAGAAAGUAAAAUUCUGGAAGAAAGUGUACGUUAUAUACAGCUUCUUCUUUGUUCGUAAAAUCAUAGCUCACAUGGUCACAUUCUUCUUCUACUGUGUGGUGCUUCCCUUGACAAUUUUGGUCCCUGAAGUUCGUGUUCCAAUUUGGGGAGCUGUUUAUAUUCCUUCCAUCAUCACCACCCUCAACUCAGUAGGCACACCAAGGUCCAUUCAUCUGUUGUUCUACUGGAUCCUUUUUGAGAAUGCGAUGUCAUUGCACCGUACGAAGGCGACCUUCAUAGGCCUGCUAGAGGCCGGGAGAGCCAAUGAGUGGGUCGUUACUGAAAAACUUGGUGACUCUGUAAAUAAUAAGAACAAAAGCAAUGUCACCAAAGCAAUCAGAAAAUCUCGAUUCAAAUUUGGUGAAAGACUUCAUUUAUUGGAGCUUGGAUUCGCUGCCUUCCUCUUCCUUUGUGGAUGCUAUGACUAUGUGCACGGCAAGAACAACUACUUUUUGUACCUCUUCCUUCAGACCAUAACCUUCUCAAUCGUAGGAUUUGGCUAUGUUGGCACCAUUGUUUAGUACUUGUUAAGCUAAAAUCUUCAGUGACUUAAGUUUCAGAGUCACUAGUGUUCAUGUCUUACUAGUUUCUCUCCUCAAUAAAAUGCAAAAGGUAGGGCUGAUUUCUCAAGCUACAAAACGCUGUGCCAAAUCUAGAGCAGAUUAUUUUCAUGCCUCGUGUCAAAAGAUUCCCAAACAAAUUACCAUCAAAGAGUACCAUUAAAAUACAUUACACAGGCUUAUGAACGAGUAAGAUUAUAUCAAAAUGCUGUUAAAUUGGAGUCAACAAGUAGAUAAUGUUGUUUCGUUUGCAUAGAUUGUUUUGUAACAUUUUACGGUUAUUUAUUUCUCAGUUCCUCUAAAAAAAAAUUCAUAGCCUGAGCCAAAUAAUGUGGUGAAUAAAAGAUGAGCCUCUAAUAAUACAAGUUGUUUGUCAUUAUUUUUCAGAA